GAACCAACUUACAUACCUCACAUUCAUUCCACUCCACUUAACAACCCCUUCUCGCAUUGUCUCCGAAGCACACCAAAUUAAAACCACACGCACCCGCGACGACACACCGUAUCACCAAACGACAACAACAACCACGCGCGUUUCGCACCUCACGAACUCGGAGAAGCAAACGCAGCGUCGUCGAUUCGUCACUCGCAACUCGGGCACGCGCGGCGAUGGCGUCGGUCCACAGCACCGUCGCUCCCCGUACCUUCCUGCCGUCAAUUCCCAAGCCGAGAGCUCCUCUUCACGCCGCAAAGUUCGUCGCCGGCGGCGCGCACAACUUUCGGAGACUGUCGCGCAACCUCAUUCUCUCCGGAAACAAACGCGCGGUGGCGGCGAACUCGGCUGCGGAGGAGUUCGACGUGAUAUCGGUGCAGAGCGACGACAUCACCGACCAGCAGGAGGGCGUGGUGGUGAGCCGCGUCGAGAUGGAAGGCGGAGACUGCGAAUUGGCGACGCAGGUGAGCGGAUUCGGAGCCAACGAGGGCUUGCUGUCGUUGGAAGGGUUUUCUUCAUCUUCGUCGUCGUCUUCGUCUCUGGUCGGGAAUGAGAGCGAGGAGGACAUGGAGAAGCUAAUUGAUAGAACUAUCAAUGCUACGAUUGUGCUCGCCGCUGGCACUUUCGCCGUCACCAAACUUCUCACGAUUGAUAGCGAUUACUGGCAUGGAUGGACGCUAUACGAGAUACUAAGAUAUGCGCCUCAGCACAACUGGUCUGCUUAUGAGGAAGCUCUUAAGACAAAUCCAGUUCUUGCCAAGAUGAUGAUUAGUGGGAUUGUUUACUCUAUAGGGGACUGGAUUGCACAGUGCUUUGAAGGAAAACCUCUGUUUGAGUUUGACCGUGCACGGAUGUUCAGAUCGGGGCUUGUUGGUUUUACUCUUCAUGGUUCUCUUUCUCAUUUCUAUUAUCAGUUUUGCGAGGAGCUAUUUCCUUACAAAGAAUGGUGGGUAGUUCCUGCCAAAGUUGCCUUCGAUCAAACUGCAUGGUCAGCACUUUGGAACAGCAUAUAUUAUACGGUUGUUGCACUACUGCGUCGUGAUCCUCCUAUGAGUAUUUUAAAUGAAUUGAAGGCGACGUUUUUUCCCAUGCUAACGGCAGGAUGGAAGCUAUGGCCAUUUGCCCAUCUCAUUACUUAUGGUGUGAUACCGGUUGAGCAAAGACUUCUCUGGGUGGAUACCAUAGAGCUUAUUUGGGUGACCAUACUUUCCACAUUUUCAAAUGAAAAAUCAGAAGCAAGAAACUCUCAGUCUAUGGUGCCUUCAGAAGUGAAAUCCACAUCUGUUUAUCCUCCUGAGGAGUAACGAGUGGAGAUAUGACCAGAAGCAGUACUGGGAGAAAAAUGGCUUUGCUCAAUCAGAUUUUUAUCCUUGAUAUGGAUGGACAUAUAGAUUUAUGAUGCGGAAUGUGAAAAAGCUAAUUAUAUACGUUGAUAUGUUGCAUCCCGCGGAAAUUCAUGUAUGUUAGGUAACAUCAAUUUUCCUGAAAACAUUACACAUAAUGUAAUUGCUGUUAAAUUUAACGAGUAAAUAAUUUAUGUUCAAACUUACCUUCCUA